AUGAUCUCUGCUCCACCUUCAUCAUCACCAGCAACAACGCAAGCUGCAGCAACUUCCACAUCUACUACCGCUACCUCAACGUCCACUUCUACCACAUCUUCAGCUGCAUCUACUUACACAGUCGUGAACGAUGCUCCCAUUAAUGGACCGUGCCCCCAAGGUGCCACUUCAUACACUGCAAAGAAUAAUGUUGUCUAUACCCUUUGUCCAAAUUCCAACUAUGAUGCUGGUAAUUUGGCAAAUAUUGCAGCAAAAGAUAUUCAAACAUGUGCAGAAAUUUGCAGUACUACACCAGGAUGCUACAAUGUGGUUUAUGAACCAGGAACUUGUCAUAUCAAAGGUGCACCUUAUCAGCCCAAUUUAAAGGCUAGCAAUUAUUACUCAACGGUCACUGCUACAAACACGACUGCAAACAAUAAAGCUUUGGCAUCUCUUAAUGGUCAAUGGGGUAAUGUGAUCCCGCUAGAUGUGAACCCGGUAGCAGCUUACUUGGUACCUGCUUAUCCAACCGUGAAAGAAUUCCUUUCGUUUGCUUCUUGGAGUCCAUCAACAUUUGGAGGUCCAGCAAAUUAUCAAACUGCAUUUGCAAGCUUUGAUAUUACUUCAAACACUCAAGGUGAAUUCACAGUCGCAAACACUCAACACAACAUGUUCUGCCCCGGAAUGAAUUCUUUACCCGACGGUAGAUUGAUUAUCGAUGGAGGUGAUACCGAUCAAGCAGUAACUCUUUAUGAUCCUUUUGCAAACACUUUCACACGUGCUGCCAAUAUGACGAUGGGCAGAGGUUAUCAAUCUUCUGUCCUUUUGUCAAACGGUAAAACGUUUACAAUCGGUGGUUCAUUCACGGGUGGUAUUGGAGGUCAAGAUGGCGUACCAAUGAAAGAUGGUGAAGUUUACGAUUCUACUACAAAUCAAUGGUCACCUUUAUCGGGAGCUUUGGUUCAACCGAUGUUAACAACAUACGAUAAUGCAGGUGCAUGGAGAACGGAUAAUCAUGCUUGGUUGUUCGCUUGGUCAGGUGGAUCUGUAUUCCAAGCAGGCCCCAGUAAGAAUAUGAAUUGGUAUAGCACAGCCGGAUCAGGUGGCGUUCAAAGUGCAGGCGUACGAAACAGUAACAAUGAUCAAAUGUGCGGUAUUAGUGUAAUGUACGAUAACGGCAAGAUUCUUUCAACGGGAGGUGCACAAAGUUAUUCUGAUAAUAACGCAUUGAAUGUUGCUCAUUUGAUCACUUUGAACGGUGUCAAUGCUUCUCCAACCGUUGAACAAGUUCAAAGUAUGAACUAUGCACGUUCUUUCCAUAAUGCCAUUGUUCUUCCAAAUGGUCAAAUCUUUAUCGCAGGAGGUCAAUCGUAUGCAGAAGUAUUUACCGAUGUUCAAAGUGUUUUGCAAGCUGAAAUCUUUGAUCCAACAACAAAGACGUUCACAACUGUUGCACCUGCAUCCAUCCCGCGUAAUUAUCAUUCAAGCACUGUGCUUUUACCUGAUGGUCGUGUGAUGAGCGGAGGUGGUGGUCUUUGCUAUGUGGGAGGAAAUUGCAAUAAUGCAAAUCAUCAAGAUAUUCAAUUCUAUACACCUCCUUACCUCUUCGAUUCGAAUGGAAACCUUCGUUCUCGUCCAACGGUCAACUCCAUCACCUCCAGUCAACAACAAGCCGAGAAAGUUCGAGUCAAUCCGGGUGGAACAUUGACAGUCAACUUGAGUUCAGCUUCCGGCUUAACACAUGUUUUGGUACGAAUGGGAUCUUCUACCCAUUCAAUCGAUACCGAUCAACGUCGUAUCCCUCUCACUGUACAAAACACUUCCGGCAAUACAGUCACGCUUGCAAUUCCCAACGAUAAUGGUAUCGUACCUCCAGGUUUCUGGUAUUACUUUGCCGUUGCUUCAAAUGGUGUUCAUAGCAUCGGUCUUACGGUCAAUGUCUUGACCGCUUAAACACCUUCUUUUGUCAUAAUCGUAUAUCCAAAAUUUCACUUGAAUCGAUAAUAUUGCUCAAUAUCUUUUCGCCAUUAUAGAUCCAGUCUCUCGCUUGCUAUAUUUUCCUUACGAUCAGGCGCAUCGUGUGACUGCUGCGCCGAUAUCUUUUUCUGGAAGUGCAUGGAAGCAAGCAAUUAUUAGUGGCUUGAGUUAUAC